UUAUUUACAUGGUAAUUGGCAAUGAGUAGCCACAUAUAAGUCCGCGCAAGGCGAGCCCGGCAGCAGUGUGGCGUAGCGGGGCGUAGUGAGUGUGUGUGUGUGGCGGACUGACUAGCUGCUCCUGUUGCACCACACUUCAGUUUAUCCAGAUGGCACGGGGUCGAGGACGGGGACGAAAGGUUGCUGUAAAACGAAAGAAUGAUGUUGACGAUGAGCCUCCAGCCAAGCUGCAGCGUGAUGAGAGCACCAACACAAAGCUGCGACGUGCUAUCAAUGAGGCUAAGGAAACUGCAACACAAGAUGACAAACCCAAGCAGAUUAAGCCAGAUGAAGUUCUUCUUAGAAGCUUCCCACAAGCCACAGUUUAUGAAGACUUUGCCUGUAUGUUAAACCAAACAAACAUUGGCCAUAACAACAAUAAGUUUUACAUCAUCCAAGUAAAUCAAGAUAAGAAACGCUACAUUUGCUUCACUCGCUGGGGACGUGUGGGAGAAGAAGGCCAGUCUAAUUCAGACUGUCAUAAGGAUGCAGAAGCAGCAAUAAAGGUAUUCAAAAAGAAGUUCAAAGACAAAACCAAAAAUGACUGGGAGAAAAGGGAAAACUUUACACCUCAUACAGGAAAAUACACCCUAAUAGAAAUUGAUGAUGCUGAUGAUGAAGAUGAGGAUGGAGUGGAUGCAGUAGAUGCUGGAGGUCUAAAGAAAGAGCUGGUCACCUUCUCAGGGCCUUGCUCACUAAACUACAGGACACAAAUCAUGAUAAAACUUAUCUUCUCUGACGACAUGUUUGUCAACCAAAUGUCACACAUGAAACUUGAUGUAAGGAAGAUGCCCUUGGGAAAGCUCAGCAAGCUCCAGAUUGCAAAAGGACUAGAGGCUCUCAUUGAUAUUGAAGAAGCUAUUAAGCAAAAUAAGCCUCGGAGUGUGCUGAUGGAAUUAUCAUCCAAGUUUUUUACACUUGUACCGCACAACUUUGGUCGACAAACUCCACCUGUACUAAAUGAUGACAAAGUGGUGCAAGACAAGAAAGAAGUAAUGUUGACCCUCAGUGAUAUUGAAUUGACACAGAGUCUUCAGAAAGAUAAGGUCAAUAAGGACAUGCAUCCUCUGUUGGAAAAGUAUGAAAUGCUUGAGUGUGUCCUGGAGUUGAUAGACAAGAAAACAGCAGAGUUUAAGAUUCUUGAAGAAUAUGCAAAAGCAUGCCCAAAUACCAGAAAGGGAUCAUUACUGGAUGUAUGGAGAAUCGAUCGUAAGGGUGAACGGGAAAGAUUUGCAGCCCAUGAUGACAUAAAGCAUCGCAAGUUGUUGUGGCACGGUACCAAUGUGGCUGUGGUGGCAGCCAUCUUGAAAGCUGGGAUGAGGAUCAUGCCCCACUCUGGUGGGCUAGUGGGCAGAGGAAUUUACUUUGCUUCUGAGCAUGCAAAAAGUUCCUGGUAUGUUAGCCCACACUAUGGUACAUUUGAGGGCGAGGAUAUGGUGGGCUUCAUGUUCUUGGUUGAGGUUGCACUGGGGCGAGAGAAGAGCAUACAAGAAUGUGAUUCUAGUCUCACCAAAGCACCUCCUGGGUAUGACAGCGUUGUAGCCAGAGGAAGGUGUGAGCCAGAUCCUAAGAAGAACAAGAUAAAAGACUUUGAAGGUAAUGAGGUGGUGAUUCCAGUUGGAAAGCCAGUUCCUCAGAAGGAAUGGUCAGAAAGCAGUUUUCAACAGAGUGAAUAUCUUGUCUAUAAAGAGAGUCAAGCUCGAAUCCGAUACUUGCUAAAGUUUUCAUUCCAGUAGAUGUUUACAUUUGGGAAUUCUUGUUGUCCACCAGUCUUUUGGUGUGGUUUGACUCGAAUGUUUUCACAGAGGUGCAUUUUAAAUAUUGUACAAGUUUUUUUUACACAAACAUCAUGCUCUUCAGGUACUGUACAGUUGUCUAAUAUUUUAAACUAAACUAAACCAAUUUAUUGAUAUGCUCUUUAUAUGUACUGUACAUACACGUACCGUAUUGUCAUUUUCUCAAGAUGUAGCACAUUUGUAAACAAUGAUUCCUCAGAAAUUAAUCAGUUUUGAUGUGGAAUCAUUCUGUACAAAUGAACUGUACACUGGACAGCCAUAUUGAAACUAAAAAAAAAAAAUUAGAUAUGGUACAGUUAACAACUUAUUUACCAUAUAUUGUAAUAUAAUAUCCACAGAUUGCAGUCCCUGUGGCUCAGUGACAACACUUGCCAUAAGCUUUGCAAGUGAUCAUAUUCUGGUUCUAUUCUGGUGAUCAUAUUCUGGUCUAGGUUCAUAUUCUGGCCAGGGAAUGUUGACUAGAUAGAUAUGAUACUGUUUAUUCAGGUAAAAGUACAUACAUUCAAAAUGAGUUACAAACAUAAUGUUGGAUUUCUAGAUAGAGCUAGUACAUACUAUGCCUAAAGUCACUAAUAUGCUCAGCAUUUUGGGCAAGGUGUGGGAAUAACACUUAGACUAAAACUUAAAACUGAUUGAGAUCAAAAGCAUAAAUUGAAAUGAAAAAUGAAAAACAAGAAAAAAGGAAUGAUAAUAAUUAGAUGAUGGAUGGAACAGCAGAAAUUGCAACAGUACAGCAGGAGUAAUUUUAACUAAAUAAACAGAACACUACAAUUUUCUUUUAAGUUUAUACAUGGCAAAUAUCAGCAGUUAAGCAAGUUGGUCAAUAAUCAAUAUUGUUUGAAAAUAGCAAGACAUAGGUUAACAUUUAGGAGGUAAGGUAGGUUACAUGGAGUUUAUUCGGAAGUUCUUAGUUUUUCUCUUAAACUGGUUGAGAGAGGUAUAGUCUUUGACAAGAUU